UUUUAGAGGACAAUAACAAAGUGAUGACCAAGUGCCAAGUGUCAGCUGCUCUUAUUCACCAGAUUGAACAAGAAUUGGAUGAAGAAGAAGAAGAGAUGAUGGGUUUUCUAUGCCGAGACCUUGCUCCUGACCUGGCCACUGCUGACCUGAAGGAGCUCUUGGUGGCUCUGAAUGACAGGGAGCAGCUAUCUUGGUUCGGCUUGUCUGAGUUGUUGUACAGAGUUAAGAGGUUUGACUUGCUAAAGAGAAUCUUGAAGACUGAAAAGGCAGAAGUGGAAGCUCACCUUGCCAGAAGUCUCAGACUUAUCCCUGAUUACAGGGUACUGAUGGUAGAGAUUAAUGAGAAUCUGGAAAAAGACGAAGUGGGUUCUCUUGUUUUUCUCCUCAGAGAUUAUGCCCCUCGGGUGAAAAUGGCAAAAGACAAGAGUUUUCUAGCUCUUGUGGUUUGCCUGGAGAAACUACAUUUGGUGUCUCCUAAUCAUCUGGAUUUGAUAGAAAACUGUUUUCGAAAUAUUCACAGGAUAGACCUGAUUAAGAAGAUUCAGAAAUACAAGUAUGAAGCUUCAGUGCCCUCCGUUCAUUCUCAACCAGCAUAUGUCAAUGCACUUCAGGCAUCUCUCCCUGAUCUCAGCCUGAUUGAUCCUCCUUAUAAUUCAAGGGUCCAGAAUACGAACACAGGAAAAUCACAAAACAGAGGAAGUCUUAUUCUGACAGAACCAGUCCACAUGUCCAUUCAGGAACUGGGACCAGCAUCAAACAAGGUGUUUGAUGAUCAGUACAGAAUGCAAAGUCAGCCUUUAGGAAUAUGCCUGAUAAUAGAUUGUGUUGGCAAUGACACAGAUGUAUUGGAAGAGACCUUCAGAGGCUUAGGCUAUGACAUUUGCUGUCACAGAUACUUAAAUACGAACACUAUGAAUCAAACAUUGCUGGAAGUGGCAAGGGUGCAGAAGCACAGGAAUUGUGACAGCUUUGUUUGCAUAUUGAUCAGCCGUGGAAGUCCUCAGAACAUAUACUGUACAGACAGUACCUCUUCUGGAUUCCCUUUGGAACAAAUAAAGAAAUACUUUACAGCAGACUCAUGUCCUGAGCUCCUAGGAAAACCAAAACUUUUUUUUAUUCAGAGCUACAUCGUGCCAGAAAAUGAGCAAGAAUACACUAGUCUGUUGGAAGUAGAUGGGAAUGAUGAGAAAAGCAGUGGUAACACAAAAAAACCUUGUAAAGUCACUAUCCCCCAGGUAGCAGACAUCUUCUGGAGUCAUUGCAAGGUGGAUGCAUCUGCCAUAGAAAAAUCUCCAAAUUCAUCCUCAUAUUAUCUGCGAUGCCUAGCUGAGCUACUUCACAAUCCUCAUAAAAGGAAACUCUCUAUAUUAGAUAUCCAUACGGAACUGAACAGAAGAGUCUAUGAAUGGAAUAAGACCUCUGACAUCAGGCAACAAUAUUCACUUCUGCUUCAGCACACGCUGAGAAAGAAACUUUUUCUUUGUUCCACUUAACUGCUGUUGGAAAGAACAUGUCUGAAGUGGCUAAUGAGACACACUUAACUGCUGUCCAGGCAGUUUCACACAUACUUUCACUUUAUCCAUGGUUAUUGCAUGUAUAUCUGAAGACCUUAUUGAUUCCAAACCCAAGGAUGAAGAAGCAUUUUGGUUUAAGACACUAGAUUUUGUAUUUUAAUGCAGAAAGCUUUGAAAGCUUGGAUGAGAAUGGCAACUGUCAUCUAGCAUGGCCUCAGAACUUGCAAGUGCAACAGGUAGAGAGUAGAAAGAGCUUCAGACUGUGCUGUUGAUUUUUCCAGGGUUUUGUGUUUUAUUGUUUAUUGGUUGGUUUCUAGCUCACGUAUUAGCAGUGCUGGGGUUCAGGUUCUUCUUUUAAUGCUUAAACCAAAUACAAGCCAGAGCAAACCACUGGGAAUCCACUGGGUAGUUUCCCCAGCAUCUGAUAAUGGAAAAUGUGUCAGGGAAGAAUGCCUUCCCAGCAAUGCCAGCUUUUCAGUGAGAACUUUUGGCUUGUGUGGCUCCACUGACUGGCAAAAUAAUGAGGGAAAGAAAUACAGAAAUUUCAAGCAGGAACAAGAAGGGGAAUGGUAGGGAGAGCCAAGAGAAGAGAAAGUAGAUUUGGGUUUUAUUUCCCUGCUGUGUUAGAGGUUGUGGUUCACCCAGAACCGUGGUGUCAUCAGUAUUCUCCACGGCACCCAGGGGUUAUGUGUGAAUAAGUGAGCCAGUCUGCCAUGUCAUGGGCUGAGUAUGUUUCCUGCUCAUGCGACAAUGAAUCUGCAUCUCUUGGGGCUUUACAGUGAUCUGCAUUACACAGCUAAAAAUUGUGGGAUUUUGGAAGGUGCUUUGUAGAAGCUGAGAUGUGAUUCACACUUAUACCAGGAAUAUGUAUAAAAUAUUAAGGUUAAAAACCCGCACAUUUAUUCAUACUCGUAUGCCAUCUUCUAUCAAAUAUAAAGUAUAUUUGCUAUCACUGUAAUAAAUCUCAACUUAUCUUUUUUUUAAUACAUUUCUACACAGUAGAAAAAGAAUCACCUGUUUUGCAAGCCUAUGCAUACCAUACUUUCUCUCUUUCCACUUGAUAAGCUGUAAUGUCCUCUUUAAUAAAAGUAUGUGGAAACUUUUAAAUAGCUUUGAAUUGGAAAAUGCAACCCAGAAUGUUACAUUAAACUAAGCACACUUGUUGUUUGUGUCGCUGCAGUUUUAUGUAGGCAUGAGCAUAAGAGGAAAAAGAGAAGAUACUUUUUUUCAAAAUUCAGACAUUCUCUAAUGUCCUCUGUGAGCAUUAAAAAUACCAAUUCCCAUUUCAUGAUGUGUGGAAAUAAAUGUACUGUAGCAGAGCAGGGAGAGGGGACAGACCUUCCCUUCAGUUUACUCUUGUGUAAGAAAGGGCUUGUGGAGCUGGUCUUUUUCUUAAACCAGUACCAUAUUCCUUCUGGCCUUAAAAAUAUGUGUCUUAAAAUUACACUCAUGUGUAUUCCACAUGCUGAAGUGGAGAAGUUACUGUAUUGCAUCAACAGAACUUUCUGCUUUAUAUGUGACAGGUAAUAAAAUGCCAUUCAUUUCUGUUCCUGAAUAUUAAAAAAUGUACUUUCUUAAAAUAAACUCCAGGUGUCAUUUUAAAACUCUCAUGUUGCUCAUGUUUCACAGGUUGAGAGAGGGAUUUUAAAAUUGACAGUUUUGGAAUCUUACAAGUUAUUUCCUAUACUAGCUGGCA